AUGAGCUCCCCAUGUACCAAGAGCACUACAAUGCUCUCUUCUCCAUGGACUUUGUGGAGACCAAGUACCCACAUGAUGACACAUGAGGCCUUGGAAUCUUUGAGGAUGUGGAGUUGGUCUCAAGAACAUGCACUUGGCCAAGUUCUUCUCUCACCGCAUGGAGUCUACAAGGAGCUCACUUGUGAGUUUUUGGCUUCAAUGAGCUUGAGAUCUGUUUGGGUUCACUAUGGAGAAGGAAAGUGGAACUCAAGGAAGAAGAACUCCAAAGGAGUUUGGGCUACAAUCGCUGAUGGAGGUACUCUUCCUCAAGGUCCAAGGCUGCUCAGAUCAGGAGCCCAGUGCUUGAGAUAUGUGCACAAGGCACUUGCCAACACCUUCUUUGCAAGGAAGGCACUGGGACAAUCAAUGAGGGGAACUCCACCUACAAGAUCACAGCUUACAACACUAGGCACCAAAGAGGAAGAAAGCUUAGUGUUGGAGGGUCAUCACACCUAUCUUUGUGCAGCUGGAGUCCCAACUGACAAGAGAAGGUCUACUCCACCAGGUUGGAUGGACAUCAAGUUUUGCAAGACCAACCUCUCAUUGAGCACAAGGAGUUGGAUGGGAGAUUCCAAUUCAAGUUCACCAUCCAUUGGCUGGCCCUCCAAGCUUCUCCUGCCCAACCCUGAGCUCACCACAGUUCUAGGGGUGAGAACAUUGACUUCAGACCCCCUGAAUGCGGAUUUGGGUGAGCCUGAGUGCUACUACUUUGAGGAGUAUGAGGCUCCAAGGAUGAACCCCUCUGUUGUGGCUGCCCACAAGAGGAUUGGACUUCUCCAAAAGUUCAACAAGUGGCAAGGGAAAGCCAUGGAAAGAUGCAAAAGUCCAUGGACAAGAUGGUGA